AUAAUACUGGAGGCUUGUAACGGAAUUUGUUGGAACUAGUGGGAAGCGAUUGCACGCAACGCAUCUCUAAUAAUAAAUAAUCUAUGCUUGAGUUUUUCUGUUUACUCCGGUUAACGCCAGUUAACGGUUACGAGAUCGUGACGGGUUGAUGCAUUCGAUACAUUUAUGUUUGACAGUUCUAUCGUGUACAUUUGUACACGCAAUUCAGUGUAAAUAAUGAAUAUUUAUUUCACGAGAAGUUUAUAUUAGUUGGUCAGUUGAAUGUGAAGUUAAUAAGUGCAAUUUAACCUCAAAGCAAUAUGAUAACCUUACCUAUAUUUAUGUUAUUUAUCUCGUAUUGUUUGAUUAAUAUCAAUACAUGUGAUUGUACAUAUUACGACUACAAUGACUUUUUCGACGAGGAGUUAAUGCUGAAACCUUUAUCAAAUAAUCACGUUUACGCUUAUUUUCAAUUUACUACGGUAUGGGAAGCGGUGAAAUGUACCGAGAUCCUUCAACAUUCACAUUUCUUUCCAAGGGGAUUAGGAGAAAUCAUAGGUCGUCACAAUGUCGACGAGUUACAUGUUAGUUUAACAGAAGGUUUGUGGAAUUAUCAAAAGUGGGGAUAUCCAUUCCACGAUGCUGGACCUGGUGCUGAGAUCAUCGCCUGGUUUAAUAAGAAUAUAACAAAUGUGGAUGAAGGAUGGAAAGGGCUGACGAAUGCUUUAGCUGGGCUACUUUGUGCAUCGUUAAAUUUCGUUGACGCAUCCAAUAGCAUGUCACCAGAAUUUAGUUUUCGUCCUACUGGCGUCACGGAUGGACCAGUAGAUUCAAAGUACUUGCGUUACUCAUCGUUACCAAGGGAGAUAGUCUGUACCGAAAAUCUGACACCGUUCAAGAAAUUAUUACCUUGCGACUCAAAGAGAGGUCUGGCAACAUUGUUAAAUUCCGCGCAUAUACAUAAUACAAAUUAUCACUCCCUUGGCAUACAUUUUCGAUCAAUAUGUCGUGACGCAACUUGCACAAGAACAUCCCUGGAAUUACGGCAAACUGUCUCGUUGUUGUACGAUAUCGUGACAGACGUGAAUCAGGAUUGGUCGAUACGAAAGUUUUUUGGCAUGGGGCUGAGCAGUGCAUGCCCGCUUGCAACGUUGAGCAACAUAUACGUUGACAUAUCGGACAACAAUACAAACGUGUACGAAUUAACACCAACACCAAGCGCAAAACUCGUUAGCCUGCGUGGAGGACAACGGAAUGAAAUCGCGGUAUAUGACAUUAGGGCUCACUCCAGCAAAGGAAUAUUUAAUGUUGCCGCUGUACACAGUACACCGAAGAGUAGCUCUAUAAAUUAUCCUUCAGUUCUCUAUGCGAAUAGAUAUAUUAUCGGCUAUGGUCAAGAAAGGGGGAGUUUAGUGAGCAAGUUGUACAACAAUCACUGGCAGGCGUUAGAUGUGAUCCUAUUGGAAAAUAUUCCAUGGUAUUUGUCAAUUUACUUACAUUCCAUUACGAUAACUCGACAUGGGCAAAAAAUUCGUCCACUGGCGCAACGUUAUCUACCUGGAAAAGAAAGAGAAAGCCCAUAUUACUUAGAGUUAAUCUUGCGCCUACCACCACAUUCGGUAACAAAGAUUUCCAUCGACAUGGAUUAUUUGUUCCUAAAAUGGCAGGAAUAUCCGCCGGAUGCUAAUCAUGGUUUUUAUAUGGGACCAGCCAUUAUUACGGCAUUGUUACCCAUAGCUAGAAAUUAUACCGCUUUACCGCUCGAUGGAAGUACAAUCACUUCGAGCUUUAAUGCUUCGAGGGACGAUUAUCUGGUACAAUUACGGACAGAGUCAUUGCUGAUCAGUCUUCCGACUCCCGACUUCAGUAUGCCAUAUAACGUUAUAUGUCUGGCUUGUACAGCAGUCGCGUUGGCAUUCGGCCCGCUUCACAACAUCUCCACGAAGAGAUUGGUUUUAAAGCGCAUCGAAAAGGAUUGGAAAGGUAAAUUAUUUUCCUUCUUUGCAGGAAAGGUAUUCGGUAGGAAGAGAAAACAGGACUAAAAGAACUACGAAUAAAUGUAUGCAUUACAAAUGUGUAAACAUGAUCCAUGAUUUAAAUAAAUAAUAUGCGUUUA